CUAAGCCGUAUAUGGGGUUUCGAUUAAUUUUAAAAACGCGCGAGAGAAAGAGAUGACUGGGUUUUCUUUCCCUUCUUGGUUUUUUUGUACCUUGUUUCUUCCGUCAUGACUUGGCUCAGUAGUAAGGAAGAAAAAGCAGCCCUUGAUGCAAAUUCUGAUAGCGAAUCUAUCGCCAACCAAUCGACAUCUUCAUCAUUUACACGAAACGAUAUUCUGAUAUGCGCAACAAACGGAAAGGCCUAUGCCGUUCACAAGCAAACUGGUGCCAGGAUUUGGCGAGCUGAUUUUCCAACUGGUUCCAAGUCCCGGUGGUCUGUUGGAUCAAUGGGUGGUAUCGUAUCAGUGUUUAUCACUGAUCAGGACCGUCUCGUUAUUGCUUCGAGCGGCAAAGCAGCUUGCCUAAAUCUUCUCACCGGUGAAGAGCUGUGGGUGAAUAAAAUGAAGGGAUGUGGCUAUGAAGAAGUAGGCGUUGUCUGCACCCCGAGCCAUACGCUAAAACCGCAACACACGACACCAGCCCCAUUAUUGGGAGGAAACGAUGAUGACACCCCACCCGACUAUCAUGAAACCGAGCAUGCUUUGACCGAAAAGUCUGUCGUAGUCCUAUGCACGGGCGGGAAGUGUCUAGGAGUCAAUGCGGAAACUGGUGAAGAACUAUGGAGAUUUAACUGUCCCAAGGGUGGCUACAAAAUCCCAUCUGCUCUUGUUGAUCCGGAAGGUGGAAGUACCACCGUCUAUAUCGGCUGUGGCACACGGUUGUACUGUUUAGAUGCAAUAACCGGCGAGCUCAAGUGGGACGUUAAGAUUUCAAACGCGAAAAUGUCCCUCGGUUACAUGACUUUGGCAACUCCUUGGAGCUCACGACUUGCGGCUGAAGCGCACACGGCAUUCAGUCAGUUCCCGCUUGCUCAGCAACAAAACGAAAUUCGAACCCGCGGUGCCGCUGCCGCUAGUUCUGGUGGUGGAUGAUGCUAAAAAGAUCUACGAAAAACCUUUUUUCCAGUAUAUCCUGUGUAUAUUUACUAAUAAUGAAGCAAAGCAGAAAAGAAAGCAUCGUCGAUGCCUUUUGUG